AAAACACAAUUUAAUGAAAAAUGCCACCAAAACAACAAGCGAGCACGCGCAAAAGCAUCGAAUCGUUGGAAUCUGAUGCCUCUGUCCAUCCAGAGCCGCCAAAUGUGUUUUUGUAUAUUCAACUGGCAGGGAUAUGCCUCAAGAGCCUGCCCAUCACGAUCCAUCCGUUGGAGUUGCACCUACAGCAGGGCGACAGUUUGAUCAUCAAGUGCGCGGAGCAACACAACACUGACGGCGUUAUACGGCAGAGCGAGUUCGAUGCGAGGCCCACGUUCACAUUGAUCUUUCAGCAGGACAAUUUGGAGCGCAUUAACCAUGCGGCCGACAAUCCGCUGCUCAUUCGGUUGUACAUGCGAGAGAGCGAGUCAUCGGAGCUGCAGGAGGAGGAGGAGCCCGGCCAGGGUUUUUCAGCGUCGAGCAGUUUGGAGCAAUCUGACACUGAGCGCGAGGAGCUAAAUUAUUAUCCCGUAAAGGAGGAGCUGGUGCUGCUUUGCGUUGGAUAUUUGGAUGUGAUUAAACUUUUUGGACAUCAUCGCAGCAUGAUCAAGGAGUGUCUCUACCUCUACCCACUGCCCAAUGUGCCCAAUGAGCUGCGCACCACCGUGCACACCGAGUGGGACCUCUACACACUGCUGCCCAUAGCCAAGGAGCUGACGUUCACCAACAUGGCCUUCAUAACGUUUGAGUCCAUCUAUAAUCUGAAGGAGGAGUACCUGCUGGAUGUGUCCUCCAUGUGGCUAAGGAUUAGCUUUCGCUCCAAGCAGCCCAAUGAGCGGAAAGAGCACCAAAUGAUUCCCCUCUGUGAGUUUGUGGACCUGGAACAGGCCUGCAUAGGCAAGCAGUACGUGUACCACGUGUUUGAGUCCUUCCGCAAGACCAUUCCAGAGCACAGGACGACCGGCCUGAAGUCCACCAUGGAGGUGGAAAUGCACAAAAUCUUCUCACAGCUGUCCCUGUCCGAGGGCAUGGAGGUGGACUUUGGCGUGAUUGACAUCGCCUUCGAUGAGGCAAUCGUUUGCAAUGGCUUCCAUCGCUAUAUACUCACCAAGGAGCUGUCGGAUAAGCUCUCCAAUGCCAUAAUCUAUCAGCAGUAUGACCUGGCAGUGGAAGUUUUCCAGGCAAACUCCCAACGAGUGUUUUAUGGCAUACUAGAUCCAUCCAUAAUGGUGUUUCCAGGCGUUCAAACAAUGCGCUUUGCCGUCAAGCUGGACUACGUGGGCAAGCGCAAGUCCCGCCAAGCCAAGCGACAGACCAUCGUCAGCAUUCAGAGUCAGCGCAGUGGCAAGAGCGAGGCCUCGCACAUGAUGCCCACAUUUGCCAUUGUCAAGCUGUGUCUGCUCGCGCCCAUCAGCGCCAUUUAUCAGGAGUUGAAAGUCUUUCGCGAGAGCUUCAUCAGCCAGAACCGUUUGCUCUUCUGCGAACAGUCGUACAAGGAGCCCAAGCCGCUCGAUCUACCGGAGAUACAGCGCGAAUCUUAUGCACGUUUUGACAAUUUUAUACGCGAAACGAUUACCUAUAUUGUGAACAAGAAUGUCAAAGCGUUGGAGGAUCGCAAGUCGCACUUUUGCUGCGAUAUUCACAAUCUGACAAACAUUCUGCUGAAGCUGGUGGGCAGCGAUUUUAAUACGCGCACACCCACCAAAACUAAUGUGGAGUUUAAGAACCUCUGCGCCGCGGCCUACAAUGAGCUGGAGCAUCGUAUCUAUCGUAUAAUGAACAAAGUCGAAGCAGAGGGCUUUGAGAAUUUCGUUGUGCAUCCACAAAUACAAAUGGAUCAAAUUAUUGAUCAUUUGAAUGCGAUCAAGCUGCUGCAUGCUGUCAAGGAUGAUCGCAUGGCCAAGUUUGUGCUGGAGAAGGCUACCAAGGAAAAAUCCAACGAUGAGCGUUUAAAUUUCUUUAUGGUCAUCGCGCACAUGGAACGUCUCGAGUAUGCGGAGGCCAAAGCUUACUUCAGCUCGCACAGCUAUCGAGUGCCCGAAAGCUAUGAAUAUUUUGCCGACUGGAUCAAGCUCUACAUCAGCUACCUGGACACCCGCGAGGAUCCUCAAGCGGCAGCCAACAGCACCGAGUGCCUGAUGCGCAGUCUUAUACGCUUCUCGAAAGCAAAUCCCUUACAGCAUGAUGGUUGGAUCUUGCUCUAUUGCUACUACAAGAAAUUCAACUACGAGCCAGGCUGUGCCUAUGCCCGCUGGCAUUUCGAGGAGCAGCUCAAGCAGGGCCGCUCGGGCUCCUCCACUGCACCCUACAGCAUGUGGGGCAUCUUCUUGAGCAUUUAUCCAGAGUUCACCACGACACGCGGCUCAAUAUUCUUUGAGGUUUUCCGCAUAUUCGUGCGUUUGGGGCUGUAUGAGUUUGCUCAAGUUGUCUUCGCGGUGGUGGAGAAUCAAUGCUCUGAGGCAAAUCGUUAUUUGAUCAACACACAGCUGAAAAUAUUGCUCAAACAAUUGGAUGAGAAGUUCGUUGUACGCAGUUUUAGCUACGGGAAUGAUGAGAAAAUGGCCGCUUUGAACGCCCAACUCAAUGGCAAUGUGGAGUAUUAUCGUGGCAAUUUGGAGCAGGCUGCCAGCUUCUAUGCUUUGACUCUACAGCUUCCUGUUAUCGAUGAGAAUGAGCGAGAUUAUUUUGUGGUUAGCAAACUUCGUUUGGGUUACAUUGCCUACGAAACGUGCGACUACCAAAAGGUCAUUGAUUCGCUCAACUUUCCAUACAUUGGCAAGCUGCUGCCCAUGGUCUCCAGCUACCUGAUGGGCAAGGCCUACUACAAGCUGAACAAACUCGAGUUGGCUUUGGCGUGUUUUGCCAGCUGCACCAAGCUGCAGAAUCAUGUGCCCAGCAUUUGGGGCUUCCUGGCGCUCAUCAACCUACGUCUGGGUGAGAACUUUAAGGCCUUGGAGUGCUGGAAAUAUGCCAAGAUUGAUCCGCUUGUCGCCAUCGAUGAUGAGAUGAUCUUUGAGGAGCUGUCAGCCAUUGACUGCGACUCCAUUGACUUGUACAUCGAUGCGCCCGGCCCCAACACCGAGGUAUCCUUUAGGGACAAAGAACGCUGAGUCCAUGAGUCGCCUUUUUGUGUAUUUUAUUUUACAUAAAUCUGUGAAAAAGUUUCCUCUCUGCUGGCUUGGCACCAAUUCUGAUUAAAGUGGGUGGAAGGUCGGUCCUCAUUUGUAGUUGUUUAGCCA